GUUGAGUUGGCUGGCCAUAUUCGAGCCAGUUCGUGCUAAGAGAGACGGUGCUGGUGCUCUCUCUCCAACCGCUGUCAUUCUCUACCCAACGUCAAACACGGUUCCACCGACAGUAUUGUGGCUGAAAAAAGAUUAACCAACUCCCUGAAAGUCUUCUUGUGUUUUUCUGUGAAUUUCGUUUCAUUGUGCAAUCCUCUCUGUGGUCCGCCAUAGUGGGGAAGUUCCCGACUGGUCCGAGAGUUCUUUUUGUAACGUUAGGCUCGACCGUCGAAAACACCAUCGAAAAUGUCAGGCAAUCAGGGAAUGGAAUCCCUUAUUCCUCUCGUGAAUAAAUUGCAAGAUGCCUUCACUUCGUUGGGGGUGCAAAUGUCUCUUGACCUACCCCAAAUUGCUGUUGUGGGUGGUCAAAGUGCAGGAAAAAGCUCUGUGCUGGAAAAUUUUGUCGGCAGGGAUUUCCUACCUCGUGGCUCUGGCAUUGUCACUCGACGUCCCCUUAUCUUGCAGCUGAUCAACUCUCCUCAGGAAUAUGGAGAGUUUUUGCACUGCAAAGGAAAGAUCUUUGCUGACUUUGAUGAGAUUCGUAAGGAAAUUGAGGCAGACACUGACCGAUUAACUGGUACCAACAAAGGAAUAUCCAACUUGCCCAUCAAUUUGAGAGUAUACUCUCCUCACGUUCUUAAUUUGACCCUGAUUGAUUUGCCUGGCUUGACGAAAAUUGCCGUCGGUGACCAACCUAUCGACAUUGAGAUGCAAAUACGUAGCAUGAUCCUCACCUAUAUCACAAAAUCUAGUUGCCUCAUCCUGGCUGUUACCCCUGCCAACAUUGAUUUGGCCAAUUCGGAUGCUUUGAAACUGGCCAAAGAAGUAGAUCCUGCAGGUUUGCGAACAAUUGGUGUCAUCACCAAGCUGGAUUUGAUGGACGAAGGAACGGAUGCUCGAGACAUUUUGGAGAACAAGCUGCUGCCGUUGCGGCGCGGCUACGUCGGUGUGGUCAACCGUAGCCAAAAGGAUAUCGACGGACGCAAAGACAUUAAAGUGGCUGUAGCGGCCGAGCGCAAAUUCUUCCUCGGCCACCCAUCCUACCGCCAUAUGGCCGAGAGAAUGGGAACGCCCUACCUUCAACGUGUUCUCAAUCAGCAGCUCACUAACCACAUCCGUGAAACGUUGCCAGGAUUGAGAGACCGUCUCCAGAAACAAUUGCUGAGCAUGGAGAAGGAAGUGGAACAGUUCAAACACUUUCGUCCCGACGACCCGAGCAUCAAGACGAAAGCCAUGCUACAGAUGAUCCAGCAGCUCCAGUCGGAUUUCGAGCGGGCCAUCGAAGGUUCUGGCACGGCCAAUAUUAACACGAUGGAACUGUCUGGCGGUGCCAAGAUCAACCGCUUGUUCCAUGAGCGUUUCCCAUUCGAAAUUGUCAAGAUGGAGUUUGACGAGAAAGAGUUGCGCCGCGAAAUUGCGUUCGCCAUCCGCAACAUCCACGGUAUUCGCGUCGGUCUCUUCACUCCCGAUCUUGCCUUUGAGGCCAUCGUCAAGAAGCAGAUAUCCCGCCUAAAGGAACCUUCCCUCAAGUGUAUCGAUUUGGUCGUCGCCGAGUUGACUAACGUCGUCCGCUUCUGCGCCGAAAAGAUGAACCGUUAUCCACGACUACGCGAAGAAGCCGAGCGUAUCAUCACGACACAAAUUCGCGAGCGUGAGCAGCGAUGCAAGGACCAGAUCAUUCUCCUCAACGAGUGCGAGUUGGCUUACAUGAACACCAACCACGAGGACUUUAUCGGAUUCGCAAAAGCGGAGAGCAUCUCUAUGACACGCGCCCAGCAGUCGUCGGAGAAUGCCAGCAAUACAGGACGAAAGCUUGGCAAUCAAGUCAUCCGCAAAGGCUACAUGUCCAUCUCCAAUUUGGGCAUCAUGAAAGGCGGUUCGCGAGAUUACUGGUUCGUUUUGAGCUCGGAGACCCUGUCGUGGUACAAAGACGACGAGGAGAAAGAUAAGAAGUACAUGCUGAAUCUGGACGGUCUGAAGCUGCGUGAUAUCGAGCAAGGAUUCAUGUCUCGUCGGCAUGCCAUUGGCCUUUUCAAUAAAGACGGUCGCAAUGUGUACAAGGAUUACAAGCAGCUGGACCUGAGUUGCGAGACUCAAGAUGAUGUCGAUUCGUGGAAGGCUUCUUUCUUGCGUGCUGGUGUCUACCCCGAAAAGUUGUCUGAUACCACCAACGGCGAAGAUUCUGCUGAUCGCGAGAAUUCCGCUUCGAUGGAUCCCCAACUUGAGCGACAGGUUGAAACUAUUCGUAAUUUGGUCGAUUCGUACAUGAAAAUCGUGACCAAGACCACGAGAGAUUUGGUGCCCAAGACGAUCAUGCACUUAAUGAUCAACGAUACCAAGGAUUUUAUCAUGGCUGAGCUGCUGGCCAACCUCUACGCUACUGGCGACACGAACAACAUGAUGGAAGAGAGUGCCGAGGAGGCCGUCAAGCGAGAGGAAAUGUUGCGAAUCUACCACGCCUGUAAAGAAGCCCUGAAGAUUAUUGGUGACGUGUCGAUGGCCACAGUUUCAACGCCCGUUCCUCCGCCCGUUAGGGGUGGCGACGACUACUUCAGGUCUGGACCUGAUAAUUCAAGUAUCGGUCAGCGAGUGUCACCACCGUCUCCUGGCGGUCCUAACCGUCGUCCAAUGAGUGGAGUCGCUCCAGCUCCCGCUCCUGGUCCGGGAUCAUCGGUCAGCCGAGCUCCACCGGCUCCUCCGGUGACUGGCCGCCCCGCACCGGCCGUACCUAAUCGCCCUGGAGAUGCAACCGGAAGGGCCCCACCGGCACCACCUUCGCGUCCCGGCGGAACUGCGCUCCCACCGCCACUUGUGCCAACUCGGCGCACGUAAAAAGAAAACAAACGAGAAAGUGAACAAACUAAUAAAACAGAGAGAGAAAAUUCUCCCCUCCCGAGAAAAACGGUUAUUCAUGUAUCACAUUCGUCACACGCUAGAAAAAAAAAAACCCCUCUUCAUCAUCCAGUCACACACACACACACACACACGUGCACUCUCUGGAGAGAAAUAGAAAAAAAUUAGAAAGAAAGAAAAGAAUUGGACAAAACUUUUGUUUUGUGUAUUUGUUUUUAUAAAUUCCCAAGAAAUUUAUUAUUGUACCGCCUGUUUUUUGUCGUUCGACUUUUCUUUCUUUCUCUUUUUUUGAAUCCAUCAAUGCGGUCGGAUGGUCUUAUAGCUUCUCCUUACUAAAAAAAUAAAUGCUAAUGUUGUGUGCACUCGAUCUAUGUACGUUGUUUGUAUGCUCCCCAUCUCUCUCUCUCUCUACUUUUUGCUUUUGGGUUUAUUUUCUGGGGUCAUUUGAACUCGUUUUUUUGUUUUUCCUUUUUUACUUUUGUUUUUUCUUCGAUCCAUAUGCAAAAAACAAAACAAACAUCCGUAUCGUGUGUGUGUGUGUGUGUGUGUGUAAAAAUCCCGAAAUAAUGUAAUACCGAAAUAUCCUGAAACACAACCAAACCAAAACACAGGCGAGGAGUAGGAGGAGGUUCCCAGCAGCCCGGCAUCGUCUUACCGCAGCGCGUCCAGCAAGCAGUAGUCAACGUCGCCGUCAAUGAAAUGGUCGGCGCUCUCGGGAAGCAGUUUAAAUUCAAUUAGAAACAAAAAUCAAACAGGAUCUGAUAUGAUCACACAAACAAAUUUGAAACGAAUCAUCAAAUAAUACCCACACCCUCCUUCCUCUCCUCUUUCCCGAAACAUUCCGUUACUGUAUCUCCUCCUGUCUAGAAAAAAGAAUUUGUUGUGUCGAUUCAAAAGUCGAGAAAAACAAAAAACUCCCAAACAAAUUUAAACGAAAACGUUUUGUGUUUGAAUUUUCGCUGCCUCUCCCACACGUUCGUUUUCUCUUGUUAUCUUUCUCUCUCACACUACUCUUUCUAGAACAAAGAAAUGUUCACUACGUAACUGUAGUCGAAUAGCACUACGUCGUAUUGCUGUUAAAUCUCAACCGCGUCGAUUUCUAUAUCAAUAUCAGUGGCCGUCAGCGAAAGAAAUUUGAUCAAACCGAAAAAAACUAAAGAAUUCAGUCGGACUGGUGAGAAAAGUCCUUAAAAAAUUAUAAAAGAACCUUUAGGCCAUGUUAUUGUUUCUUGUUUUUCCAUUCAUCCUCCUUUGAAAAACACAAACUUAACGUUCUAAAAGUUAAUAAUAAUAAAAAAGUUUGAUGUGGUUUCAAAAAAGAAUCCGAAUAGUAAAUUUGUUUUUUCCAUUAUUUGCUUGGGAUCCGAUUCCAUAUUUGAAAAGAGUUGUUUGUUAAUUAGAUCAUCUCUGUCUCUAAAUCACUCCUAAUUGGCUCUUGGGUUUGUUUUCACAGCACUUGCGUCUAACACACAGUUUGUUUAUUGCGUCGUUUCCUUAAUGAUAUAUAUACAUACGAGAAACUAUGUCCAUAUAUCCUACCCCCCCAAAAAAAAAUUCACGUUGAUGUUUGUCUUCGGAAAUGUUUUUAGUGCCGACACGCUAUACUAUACUGUCGUAGUCCAGUUAAUAGUACACGAAAAAAAAAAUUGUGUGUUACCCAGAUUGAUGUUAUACCAAAAUCGAAGAAGAAGAAAAUAAGAGCCAGGGAAACGAUUAGCAAAGAAAUUAAAAAGCAGACAGAUUGACUAAAUAAAUAAUGAAAGAGAGAGUUAAGGACACACCGCCUCGUCCCCACAGUUAUCAUCAAUAUACACCAUUUCUGUUCCCCCGAAAAACAAAAUAGUUUUGUACAGUAGUGUUUUUUUAUGCUUUCCCUUUCAAAUCAAACGGGUUCAAUUCAUUCGAGAGAAAACGAACAUGUCAAAUGAACGGAAACAAAAUUCCCAAAUCCGAUUUUUGUUGUUACGAAAGAUCUUUUUUUCUUCUUUUCUCUGAUUUCUUGUUUUAUACAUAUUAUAUUAUCAUUACAGGGGGAAUUUGUGUGUGUGUGUGUUUGUACGAUGCUUGGGGCCCAUCAUCUCCACAAAAAAAGGAAACAAAAAUAUGUGUCUAUCUCUCCCUUAUUUACUUUCAUCAUUCCCUUUUAAACCUGAAUCUCUCCGAGCUAAACUCUCGAAUCCAUUUACCGAAUACAAUUUGUUGAAAAUUCAA